UUCGUAUUGUACUGUCCGUGACGCUAUAGGCUCUUCCAUCUGAUCUUCAUAAUGACAACUCUGAAAUCCAGUCUCACAAAACACACAGCGGAGUAGGAUUAUAUACCUAACUGUCAACACCAGAGAAAGGCCAGAGAUGAGAUAGGGUGACGGUAAAGUUAGUCGGCAAGGCUUAGCGUCCGUGUGCUUCAGUAUAUUUUAAGGUUUUUUGUUUUCAAAUAGUUUUUUAAAGGUAGCGGCCGUUGACAAUACUAAUACCAAUCGUUGCCUGUGUAUGUUCCAAUAGACUGCAAACUGUAUUAAAAUCAAACCGCGAUAUAUUAAGCCGCUUGUUAGCGUCCGGUUUUUCUGCUUAGCUUUUUUUACGCAAGUAAGAAUUUGUAUUUGCAUUUAGAUUUUGGUGGGAGUCAGAAAUCGCAGAACAAGGAGCAGUAAUUACCUUUAAGAGACACAAGAACAAGAGGAAAAAACAUGUUUGACGGAACAGCAGUCCCAUUCAUUGUCCUUGAUAUAGUCUGCGUUGUCCUGGCUGGCUUGCCGCUUGCUGUUUUUAACCUGGUCAAAAUAAAGCCGUAUCAGAAUGGCUUUUUCUGUAAUGAUGACAGCAUCAGAUAUCCAUUCCAUAACAGUACCAUCACCUCCACUGUCUUGUACUCAGUGGGGUUCACACUGCCCAUUUGCUCUAUGAUCGUAGGGGAGUGCCUCUCAGUCCAUUAUAAACGCUUGCAGUCAAACUCCUCGGUCAGAAAUAAUUAUGUGGCCUGCCUUUACAAGGCCAUUGGAACUUUUGUGUUUGGCGCUGCCAUGAGCCAGUCUCUGACUGACAUCGGCAAGUAUUCUAUCGGGCGGCUGCGGCCCCACUUCCUGGAUGUGUGCAAGCCGAAUUGGGCAGAAAUCAACUGCAAAGCGGGCUACAUAGAGAACUUCACGUGCACAGGGGAAAAAGGGAUAGUCAACGAAGCAAGGCUCUCCUUCUACUCCGGGCAUUCCUCGUUCUCAAUGUACUGCAUGUUGUUCCUAGCACUUUAUGUUCAAGCAAGACUUGUGGAAGACUGGGCUAGACUACUGCGUCCCACAAUCCAGUUCUUCCUGGUUGCAGCAUCCAUCUACGUUGGCCUUUCUCGGGUUUCUGACUACAAGCACCACUGGAGUGAUGUGCUGACUGGGCUGAUCCAGGGAGCGAUUGUUGCAACACUGAUUGUGUUUUUUGUAUCAGACUUCUUUAAGACACGUGUUACAGCCUUUCCCCAAAAAGAAGAGGACAUUACCCACACAACUUUACAAGAAACUCCCACAAACGGAAAUUAUGGUAGUACUCACUAGACAUGAAAUAACUGAAGUGGACACCCUGUGAAUGCAACCCUGCUUCUUGUUUUUCUAAGGUGGUUUGUCUAGAGCCCAGAGUAUGAAUGGUCCAAUCCAUGGAUGUUUGAUUACACUGUGUAACAAUUAUUAUUAUUUUUUUUGUUCCUGAGUAGUAAGUGUUAUUUCCUAAUUGCUUAUG